AUGUUCGCCAAUACCGCAAAUUCGACCCCUGCCGUUCCCUCACGAAAUGCCCUACGAGUACUUCGCCAAUUGGCCCUUGCGGGCUCUACCGUGGGCGGCUUUUGCACCGUCGGAGUCAUCACUUACGAUGUACAUCGCCGAGUCCGCAUCGCCGAGCAGAUCAUCGAGAACAAGCGAACCCUCCGAACCUCUGCCCCAAACUAUGAUGCGACAGCUUCCGCCAAGCGCCUCGCCAUGAUGAUGGACGCUGCCGAAGCAGGCGAGUUUAUGGGGCUGGAUUCCAUGAAGAACAAACCGUCAUUGCGACGGACCACGGGCGACGACCAGACGCAAGGUCUGCGAGAUAGCCUCGAGGACUCUUCUCAACAGCAGCCCAGGGCGGUCCGGUCGUCUGAUCUGGACCAAUACGGUCCGUUUAGCCAAUCGCAGAGCACCAAAUUGAAACAGUCGGUAGAGGCUCGGGUAGCCCUUGCUCGACAUUUUGAACCAGUGGAAGAAGCUUGUGAGGAGGUUGACAUAUCGGUUGAAGAGCGGAUAACCCAAUUGAUUUCGGAGGAUCGGGAAAUCGAGGCCGCCAAUGUUUUUCUGCAAAACUUUUAUGACGCCGCAGAUGCGAUAUCCUUCCAGACACGAGAAGUCGCGCGCAAGCUUUUUACCGUGAAUUGUAUGAAAGGAAACACUUUCCUCGCCCGGACUCUCUUCGAGCGGAUGGAGAAAGUGAGUGUGAUAGAUACACAGAUGUGGGCCACAAUGAUGCAUUUACUUGCGAAGGGAGGCCAUAUCGAUUCUGUUGGUUCUAUUUAUGAAAGACACCACAAGAAGUUACGCGUACCCGCUUAUCUGCUCGAGGUUGUGCUUCGAUCUUUACUUGAAUCGAGGAGAGUAAAUCCGGCCAAGAACCUCUUCUACGCGCGCAUCAAAAACGACAAGAAUGGCGGCUUGUGUGGUGCAUUUCUGGAUGGUCUUUGGCGGAAGACGAGAAGUCUCGAUUUGAUAAUCGCGGAAUUCCGAAAUAUCCUGGCGGCGCUGGCCAAUCUUGAUCGCUCUCCAAAUGAGAAGCUUUUCAACCCACUCGUCAAGGCCUUCAUUGAAAGCGGCCAGCACGAAGAUGCCGAAGACUUGGUCGCAGACAUGCCAAAGAAAUACAAUGUACAACCUGGAUCUCGAACUCUUGGUCUACUCAUAUAUGCCAAGGCUUUGACUUGUGACUGGGAAGGCGUGUUCGCUGGGAUGCAUGAAAUGCAUCGACUUGAAUUUACUCGCAAUAAGCGAGAUUUUGCAUAUGCGUUUGAUCGUGUCUUCUUGGAAUACUACCCUACUCACUCCGGCCGCGAAAUUUUUGACUUCCUUACUAGCUGCAUCCAUCAGUUCGAGCUUGUCCCAGACAAGAUCCUUCAUCGACACAUUUUGGAGGCCUUGGUCGAAAAAGGCGACUCGAGCCUCAUCGGACAGAUCAGUCGUUUGGCCGAGGAGCGUCAAUGGAACACAGGGCUUGAUCAAGACCAAUUUUUGAGUAUUUUGAUCGCGCGUCGAGUCUCAAUGCAAGAUUCCCCCGUUGGAUUCUGGCGAAUGAUCCAAGCUGCUAAGAAACAGUACGGUCAGGCUGCCACCACUCGACGCCUUCUAGGCACUGGAUCAGCAUCUUACUCUUUGGACCGAGGUGUUCUGUACCCAAUUCAUAAACCAGCAAACGAGACAUUCUCGAGAAGUUUGGACGAUCUGGAAGCCCUGAGUGUCUUCCGAACUGCGGGCGCUUCAGGCUUUGUGCUUCGACCUACCCACAUCCAUCUCGCUGUCAUCGCAACGAUUCUUGGCCACGGCUGGCUGGGCUUAGCGGAUGCCCAGAUCAUUAUCAAGAGCGAAUACCCAAACUGGCUCAAAGGGCGAAGUGUAGGAACCAACCCGGCGUUCCCUCUCGUGCCUCCCAUUUUCUUCCAGCAGAUACUGCAGUUGGAUAAGGGUGUCAGCGACACAGCCCUGCUCAAGAUGGCAAUUUUUGAGUAUUACAACCUCUGCCGGGACACGCCUCACCUCACCGUCAAGCACCAUGCACUCGCCUCGCUCAGCAAAAAAUUAAUUUCUUCGAAACAGGGGCCAAAGGCCAUUGAUAUUCUCACAGCGGUAUACAAGUCCACGUGGCGAAAGUCACAUGGUUUUGACCAAGUGCUAUUCAAAAUGUUGUUUCGUGCCUUUGCUUCGACAGAGAACCUGAGGGGCGUUUGGUGGUGCAUGGUGGCGGUCCUUUCCCGAACAGAACCCGCUAUCCAGGAUUUCUAUGUCGAAGUGCGACGGCUGAUGCCUUCCCUGGAACAAAUUUGUACUCGCCAAGGAAGGAAUGACGACUCUAAGGCCAUUCACAAUAUCAGCGUUUUGCAUCGUCUUGCAGAAUCACUCCUGUGCAGCAUGCAAGGUGAAGCCAAUUGGGUGAGCAAGUCUCCUCACCCCGAAAGCAAGAUUCGCGGGCGUAUGGAGGUGAAUUCUCGCUCAGCUGAAGAGCAAAAAAUUCUGCCACGGGGUUCUACUGAGGAGAUGGUCUACCAUUUUGAUGAAGAGAUGGAACUGGAUCUUCUGAUGAAUAACAAUAUACCCACCGAGGAUGAAGUGAUACGGAUGUGGAAGGAGAGUCGUCUCGUGAACCAAGAGUUCUGGCUUCCCGAGGACCCUAAAUACCCCCGGGAAGAAAGCUCUGGGGACAAAGAAUUUGCGGAUGUAGCUAUCGCACAUCCAUGUAUUUACAAUACUACAGUGUACAAUAUGUAUAUAGUAUCUUCUUGA